CAGAAGCCGAAGCAUGCAGACUACAGUGUAGCCAGUAGAGACGGGCAAAUAAAAGAAGGGAAAAUGGAUAAGCAGCUCUGACGACUGCCCAAGAGUAGCGGUAAAAAAAAUUAAAACAAAACAGCACUGUGAACAUAAUAACAACAUUUUUCGACAGUUUAUGGAUUUGACACAAUGGGGAAUACAGCUGGAAAUAACUGGCAGAGCAUACCGGAAUGAGCCCCGUUACUGCAUUAAGCGUUUACAUUAAUGUCGCAUUCCAUGACAGUGACUAGGCGGACCUAAAACUGUAUCCCACCGGCCCACAGAGCUAAUAUGCACAAUAUGCACAAGCAGAAAUACUGGCAAAUGUCAAUGAUAAGGGUCAAGUGAACGGCUUGUGAGGGAUCAGCGCUCUGAGACUGGCUGGCGGAGCCCCGUUAAGGCGCACAAGCGGAUUAAGGCUCGUGAGCAGGUGCCUUUGUUGGCUCGCGCCGUUGCUAGUGGAAACCCGCAGUAGCCCGACGCGCGCGAGGAGACGCUUGUAAUGCCACCAGAUGAGCACUACUUCAUCACAGGGGGGAAUAAAACGCGUCUGACAGUUUUAGGAGUAUUUCGGCCAAUGCAAGUUCCAGCACCAUGUUCUACGGUUCCUCAUCUGCCAGCAUGUCUCUGCCAUCCAAGAACCGCUUAAAGCGUCAGAGUCGCACCUUUACACAGGUUCUGUACCGGACACUGAGUUAUCGUGACCGUCGAUCUGUGACUGACCUACCUGAGCAGGUACGGGACGAUCCGGCUGAGCUUUCCACCCAGUCAUCAGCGCCAGGUGUGCUGAAGGUAUUUGGUGAUGAAAUUAGUGCUGGUGCAAACUACAAAAGCGUUCUUGCCACACCUCGUUCCAGUGCGCAAGAGCUGAUCAAAGAGGCACUCGAGCGCUAUUCUCUAAACAAGGCUUCGGCCUGUAGCUAUGUGUUAUGUGAUGUCAUUGGUCGGUUUGAGGGACCAGAGCGACGGUGGAGGACUGAGUGCCUUCGGGCACUAGGGAACAAUGAAAAACCUCUUCUUCUGCAGGACUUGUGGAAGCCUAAGGAGGGGUACUCUCGCCGCUUUGAGCUGAGGCGGAGAGCCGAGGUGGAGGAACUGGCAUCAAAAGAGAAGGACACAGUGACUGCAGGGAACCACACAAACUCCCCUGUGCUAUCUUCAACCCUGAGUAGAGGCGGGCAUGGUAGAUGCAAUCGGAGCUCCCCUCGGGGCUGGCGUAUGUUACAGCCCAGUCCAACUAUUUUAAAAGAUAUUAAUGCUCAAGCAAGGAAGCUGCAGAGAAACCGCGCUAAAGGAACAAUGACACUCCAGCAUGGCACCUCAUUUUGCCGCAGUCUCAGUGAAACCAGCCUUAACUUGAUGGGCCUGCCUGGUGAGGAUCCUAAACGGUACUACUCCACCCUCCCUGGGCCAAUCAGAACACACUCUGCACGAGACACUGAGAUCCGUAAAGAACGUGAUGGGGGUGGAGUUAAACACUCUCUUUACCAAUCACCACACUUGUUGCUCCUUCAAGGGUACAACCAACAUGAUUGCCUGGUUUACCUGUUGAACAGGGAACAACACACAGUUGGUCAAGAAACAGCAUCAGCACGGCCAAAUAUCUGCCUGUCCUCUCCAGAUGUGCUUCCACUUCACUGCCGAAUACGUCGGGCUCCACAACGGCGCUCUUCCUCAGACCAGCGAUUACUUCUAGAACCUGUUGCCCAUGGCAACGUUAUGGUUAACUUUAUGCGCAUUGAGCGGCCCACUCCACUACGUCAUGGCGAUUUACUGUCCUUUGGUGCUCAUUACUUCUUCCUAUACAAAGACCCACUGAGUGCAAAACCUCUUCCUGCCCAAACUCUAACGCGACUUCGAGCGCUGGCACGACUUUGUGAUGGUGAUACGGGGGGUGUGCCUGAGAAGGGAGAGGCGUGUCGUAUGUGUGGGGCAGUAUUACAUGAACCGGUGGCAUCUCGGCGCAGCUCAAAGGCUCCAACUCGAAGUGCACAGAAACGAAAGCUUGCGCUGGAAUUUGAACGGGCUCAUGAGGAUGCACUGGUGAACCGGGUGCUGACACUUAUUGAGCCAAGUGGGGACGACCACAAGCUGACUCCAGCAUAUCUGCUUUGUCUAUGUAUCAAGCACUCAGCUAAUGCAUUUACACCUGGCAGCUUCUGUAAACUAUUGCUGAAAAUUGCCAAGAGGAUUCAAACCAUAGCAUGGGAAAAGACAAAGGAAUUGGCACAGAAGCAAGCUCAGCACCAGGAUCCUGCCUCCCUGUCUCUGCUCAGCAUCUCAGACCUAGUUCCUGAUCUUCAGUUAAUUUUCUUCUGGAUGUCAAAUGCCAUCGAAAUACUGUAUUUUAUCCAGCAGAAAUCACCCGCAUACAUGCGGACUAUUGAGCUCAUGGAUGACAAAGUGGGGUCUAAGGAAUCACUACUCUCAGCAACAAUAUCAGCAAACGAAGAAGCCAUGACCAUACUAGAGGAAGUGAUCAUGUACACCUUUCAGCAGUGUGUCUACUACAUCACCAAGACCUUGUACGUUGUGUUGCCCGGCCUGUUAGACUGUAACCCGUUUGGGGCAGAGUCUUCAUCGGAACAGUGUCGACGAGCGGUGGGAGUAUGUGUGUGUGCUGUGUGUGUUAUGCCGGAGGCUGUGCGGAGGGUGGUGAGUGUGUUUCAGACUACAUCAGACCUGCUGCAGCAGUACCAGGUUCACUCAGAGAUUCAGAGUCAAAUGUUCGCCUACCUCUUCUUCUUUACCAACGUCUCUCUCUUCAAUCAACUCAUCGAUAAAGGCCCUGCACGUGGUUGGUUUCAGCGUUCUCGGGUCUUGCAGAUACAGGCUUGUGUGAAGAUGCUACUGGACUGGGCUAAAGGGGCGGGGCAUAGUCAUCUUGCUCAGAAAUUUGUCGCUAAGUUCUGCAGCACUGUGAGCAUCCUGGCCACGCCACUGCAACAACUUUCACAGAUGAGUUGGAAAGCUUUGUGUGCAGAGCACCCCUCUCUGAAGCCUGUCCAGCUACACAGAAUUCUCACACAGUACCAGCUGAUGGCUGAACUGGGUCCUCUCCCAAUCUGGCAACCAAGCAGUGAAGAUGAAGCCUGUAUCUACAGAACAGUUGAUCUACUGGAGAGUUUUGAGAACCAUCCCCCUAUUGUACUGCCGAGUGCUGGAUUUAAGGUGGACCUGGAGAGUGAUUGUGUAGAGGACAGUAUAUACCGCCAGCUACUUUAUGUUCGUCACUUCCUGUGGGGUCUACGCUCCAGGACCCAUAAUUCAAAUGGCUGCGCAGACAGGCAGGAAGCCCAGCAUGACCCUCCUCAACCUCACUCCAGUCCAUAUGCAGCAACUCCUUUGCACGGGGAGGGAGAGGGGGAGGUGCGGGGCUCCUCCGUAUGCCUCGGAGGAAGAGGUGAGGGGGCUGGAGCCGAGGAACGACCCAGAGACAAACCGCCACAUACUAUUCACUACAGAAACGGGACCAGCAUUCGUUAUACCAACCAAACGCAAGCAACAGACUCUUCUUGUAUACUGACUCCACCUAACACACCCCUCUGUCCCGAACACACAUAUAUACACUCCAAUACACAGGCCAGUGCACCCCAUUACUCCGAGCAUGCUUCACAAGAGCACACACAUACACACUCUCACACAAAUUCCAAUGGUUGCGUGCGUUCCACUCCAGAGCACAAGAAAAUCAAUGGCUUCAUCAGCAAUAGCAUUGAAGGCCCUUUAAGUGGUUGUGGCUUUCCUUUCCCUGUCCCUGACUCUCACAAUCUGGGCCCAAACUCUGAUGAUAUCUGUUCCGUCUUUGUAGUGGAUCUGGAUAAGGGACCAUACGGCUUGGGAAUGGGACUUAUCGAUGGACUUCAUACUCCUCUGAACUCGCCUGGAAUCUAUAUUAGGACACUGAUUCCAGAUGGACCAGCUGCUGCAGAUGGUCGAAUUUGCAUUGGUGACAGAAUCCUGGCAGUGAAUGGGACCAGUCUCAUUGGAGCAGACUACCAGAGUGCUGUGGAUUUGAUUCGUUUGGGGGGAGGACGGCUCCGGUUUCUUGUCGCCAAAUCAGAUCUUGAAGUAUCAGAGAAGAUCAGUGCCUCUUCCUGCUGAGAGAGAGGCUGCAAGUGUGACACUCUUCCUAAAUGAAAUAUGAGGAGGACAGCGAGUCCUUCUUUCCGAGACAGGAGAUGGGAUAUUAAGCACACUAUAGGACCUCUCAGCGACUACAGCCCUCUAUCUCAGCCCUGUACAACACUGCACUCUUCCCUGUCAGAAAGACAGUUUGACAUAUCUGUUUUUACCUCUUAACCAAUUUGGUUUUAAUUCUUUAUUGUCAAAGAAUAUUAAAGGGAAUGUAUUCAUGCAUAUAAUCUGGCUGGUACUGAAACAACACAAAUUGAAAAUUGAAGUGCAAGUGAAAUGUAUAAAUGUUAUUAAUAUCUAAUUUAAAAAUAAAUAAAUAAAUAAAUAGCAAACAAUAAAAACACAGUAAACAUGAGAAACAUGGCAAUGGCCUUUGAAAAUUGAACCUAAUCUUAUCUUUCUUGGUUGAUAAAAAGGUUUGACACAAAAAUAUUUUGCCCUACUAUACUUCACAUUUUCCUAAUGGAUAAAAUCUUUACAAGUUCUUAUGCAGAAUCAUUUCAAACUGAAGGUAAACAAGCAGGCUCAAAUCCUUGAUGGUUUCCGUAUGGACAUUUGAUAUAUACAGUAUAUAUAUAUAUAUAUAUAUAUACGCACACUACCGGUCAAAAGUUUUGAAACACUUACUCAUUCUUUAUUCUAUUUUUUUUUUUUUUUUUUUUUUCACAUUUUAGAAUAAUAGUAAAGUCAUCAAAACUAUGAAAUAACAUAAAUGGAACUAUGGGAAUUAUGUUGUGACUAAACAAAAUCCCAAAUAAAUCAAAACUUGUUAUAUUUUAGCAUCUUCAAAGUAGUCACCCUUUGUCUAGAAUUUGCAGACAUGUACUCUUGACAUUUUCUCAACCAGCUUCUUGAGGUAUCACCCUGGGAUGCUUUUAAAACAGUAUUGAAGGAGUUCCCAUCUAUGUUGGGCACUUAUUGGCUGCUUUUCUUUAUUAUUUGGUCCAAGUCAUCCAUUUCAAAAACUUUUUUUUUUUAAAUUAAAGUUUAGUUUUAUAAUAAAAUAAAUUAAUAUGGUGGCACAAUUAUAUUUUUGCCUACAAAACUAAUUUCAAACAUUUAAGCAUAAGCCUUCAGAUCAAAAGAUUUUUAAGAUCAUGAGAAACAUUUCAGUCAAGUGUUUCAAAAAUUUUGACCGGUAGUGUAUAUAUAUAUAUAUAUAUAUAUAUAUAUAUAUAUAUAUAUAUAUAUAUAUAUAUAUAUAUAUAUAUAUAUACUUGCUGAACAAUUGCACUUGACAAAAUCCAUUGCAAGUGCCCAAUUUCAUGGUGCAAAUCUCUUCUCUUUCUGUCUCAAGUAUCUUCUCAAAAUGCUCAGUUUCCAUGUUAGCAGUACUCAGAAUAGUAACAAUUUUAAGUUCAACUAUUUACAAAAAGCUUAUACAGUAUACAUGCAUAUAACGUUUUCAAAAUGGCAAAGUUUUAACAUAAUUCAUAGUAUUCGUAAUAUAAGAUAAGCUGUUUCAUUUAUAUUUGAGAAGACAUUAUAAAUCUGCACACGUUUUUGAAUACAAAAAGUGUUUAUUUUUUCCAUUAUUUCAUGUUUGUACUAAAUCUGUAUUGCAGUAUUUCAUAAUUGAUUUUUUGUUCUCAGUUGAACUUGUAUUUGGAAGAUUUAUAUGGUAAUGUACCUUUUAGCUAUUAAACUGAACAUUG